AUGCCUCCCAUCUCCUCGUCGAAGGAGAAGCGCCUCGCCAAGAAGGCUGCUCUCAGUAAGACCAAGGGCUCCAAGGCCAGCUCCGCUAUUGCGAGCAAGGCAGGCUCUGUCAAUGGCGAUGAGCCCGAGCUCGAUGUCCACGGAAAGCCCAUUCGCUUGGCGGAUCAGCUCGACAAGCAUGGUCUCUCUGACCGUGUCACCACUGGUGUACUUGCCUCCACCGAGCAAAGCAAGGAUGUCAAGAUUAGCAGUACAAGCUUGGUGUUUCACGGUCGUGUCCUCAUCAAUGAUACCACCAUGGAAUUGACCUAUGGCCGCCGAUAUGGUCUCCUUGGUGAGAACGGUUGCGGCAAGUCUACCCUUCUCAAAGCCAUUGCUCAGCGCGAGUAUCCCAUUCCUGAGCACGUCGAUAUCUACCUUCUCAACGAAGACCGCCUCGAUAAGCUCGCCGAGAAGCUUCUCGAGGAUGAAGGUCCUGAGAGCCCUGUUCUUAUGGACCUCUAUGAUCAUAUGGAUAAGAUGGAUCCCUCCACCUUCGAGACCCGUGCUUCUCUUAUCCUCACCGGUUUAGGCUUCAACAAGCAUACUAUCCACAAGAAGACCAAGGACAUGUCCGGUGGUUGGCGUAUGCGAGUCGCCCUUGGCAAGGCUCUUUUCGUCAAGCCCUCUCUCCUCCUUCUCGACGAUCCUACCGCCCAUCUUGACCUUGAGGCUUGCGUGUGGCUGGAAGAAUAUCUGAAGAAGUGGGACCGCACCCUCGUCCUCGUUUCCCAUUCCAUGGAUUUCCUCAACGGUGUCUGCACAAUGAUGAUUGAUAUGAGGAUGCAGAAGCUCAUGUACUACGGCGGAAACUAUGACACGUACAUUAAGACCAGGACCGAACAGGAGACUAACCAAAUGAAGGCCUACCACAAACAGCAGGAUGAGAUCACCCACAUUAAGAAGUUCAUCGCUAGCGCUGGUACGUACGCCAACCUUGUGCGACAGGCUAAGUCUCGUCAGAAGAUUUUGGACAAGAUGGAGGCCGAUGGUUUCAUCCAGCCCAUCAUCCCUGACAAGGUCUUCACUUUCCGCUUCGCCGAUGUUGAAAAGCUUCCCCCACCUGUGCUUUCUUUCGACAAUGUGAGCUUCGCCUACUCUGGAAAGGCCGCGGAUGAUUUGUACAAGAGCCUCGAUCUCGGCUUUGAUAUGGACUCCAGGACGGCUCUCGUCGGCCCCAACGGUGUUGGCAAAUCCACUCUUCUCCGCCUCAUGACCGGCAAGCUCUCCCCUCGCGAGGGUGUCGUGACGAGGCACACCCACCUGAAGCUCGGGCUCUACUCACAGCACAGUGCUGAGCAGCUUGACCUCACCAAGUCUGCCCUCGAUUUCGUGCGCGACAAGUACCCCUCCAUUUCUCAGGAUUACCAAUACUGGCGUGCGCAGCUCGGUCGCUACGGUCUCACAGGCGAAUCCCAGACCGCGCUCAUGGGCACUCUUUCCGAAGGCCAGAAGAGCCGUAUCGUCUUUGCUCUGCUCGCGAUCGAAAGCCCCAACAUGCUUCUGUUGGACGAACCUACCAACGGUCUCGAUAUUCCUACCAUUGAUAGUUUGGCUGAUGCUAUCAACGCCUUCAGUGGUGGUGUCGUAGUCGUCAGUCACGACUUCCGUCUUUUGGACAAGAUCGCGAAGGAGAUUCUCGUGUGCGACAACAAGACCAUUAAGCCUUGGGACGGCACCAUCUCCGAGUAUAAGAACUACCUCCGCAAGAAGAUGAUUUCCAGUGGUGCGGUCUAA